GUGAACGUACAGGCCAUACUAUGUGUCAUGUUUAAACCAACAUUGUAAACAUAAUCAUAGAUGACGCCACAGGUUUUUAUUUAAAAGAAAGAAAGUUGCCUGUGUAUGUAUCUAGGCCUAGGCAAUUUAUAUUCUCAAUACUUAUUAAAUUAAAAUUAAUAUUACUUUAUUGGAUUUGUACUAGUUACUUGAAUGCAAUAACUUAAUCGAUCAGACUAAAUUUGACAUGGUCGAACCUGUUACGGCAAGCAAUAAUAUUUUUAAGGAUGGCCUAAAUGCAAAUUGAGGAAAUGAGGAAACUAUCCAGACACAGGUGGAUGAAGGUUAACUAAUCAGUGACUAAUGAGAACAGGUACAGACUAGACAGAGCAUAUUUGUGACAAUGUUCCCUUACCUUAGAAUUCUCAGUGUGUAGUUGCUAUGGCUGGUAUAGUUACUAACAACUAGUAUGCUUUUCUCCUUCUAAUGUUAGGUACCCAACUCAUCUUCAAUACAUUGAGCUUCUGUCAAAUGUGAUAAUGGAUUACCCAUAUCUAAGGGAAAGUAUUGGGUCUGGAUAUGAUGCCCUGCUUGAAUCACUCAGAAAUAAGUUUAAGAAGGAAAGGCAGCCUCUUGUUGCCAACAAUGAAAUACAGCGACUGAAAGAGAGAUGGGCAAAAAGGAAGCGACCUCUUCAGACAGCGGAAGCUUAUCCAAGUACCAUGGUUGAUGCAGGAGAAGAUGAAAGAAGCAUCAGGGAACAUCUCCGAGUAAUAAAGGAGGAAACCGAGAAGCUUAGACCAAACUUGGAGCUUCUUAAAGAAAGGAUGGCGCUGAUAAAAAUCUACCGGAGACACUUUGUGUCUAACCACAGCACGGAGGAGAUUAUCUCUAAAUUUCCAUGUUUCAGACUGGCCAAAAUGCUCCUUUGGGAUCUGAGAGACCGUACCAACGUUGAUGUGGACCAACAGAUUCUCUCUCAGCUCUCGGUAAUGGCACCUAAAAUCCUUCAAGUUUCACGGAGUCCCCUGAUGGAGAAGUUCAGGUGUGUGGUUGAUGACUGUGAAGAUGGCAGACUGAAAAAAGGACUACAGUUGGAAGCAGCUAUUCUGCUCUUGCCUGCACUGUUUAAGGAGGACCCGGGGUUGCUGUUUGAAGUUGAGGGCCAUGCUCAGACCUGCCCUCCUGACACACCAACACCUAAAAUGGUGCUCAAAGGCUGCAGGGAGGGUAAUCCCAUGCAAUACGACCACAUUGUCGUCAUGUUGGAUGGCCAGUCCAUUACUGAGGAGAGUGAGGACAUCUCAAUGGCACUGGGCCUCAUCCUUUGCACAUAUUUUCUGUUUGGGAUCCAAUAUCCUAAAGGACUGAAAAAGACACUGACCUUCCUGGAGUGCAUUGUCUUAAAAAUGAAGGAUGCAGCCGGACUUCCCGUCACAAUUAAAAGAGUGUACAGCUCAAUCUGUGCAUAGAGUCUCUCUGUCUCUCUCUCAUAUUCCAUUUUCUAUUUUUUCAGCCAGUGUUGUUAGUUAAAAAGCACUGAUUAUAUUUGCAACUAAAAUAAAUGAAUUAAACUGUUAAAA